AUGGAUGAGGACGGUGACCGAGGACGGGUGAGCGUGCUCGAUCGAUUGGGACGGACGAAUCGAUCGACGCGCGGGCGAGGGGGUGGAUUUAAACGAUCGGGCGAGGACGCGAGGCGCGGGAGAGAGCGACGGGAACGAUGGGACGACGGACGCGCGCCGCGAGAGCGAAGACCACCGAGACGGAUGACGUGCGAGGCGGAGAAGCGAGAGGACGGCGUCGUCGUCGCGCGCGCGUUCGGACGGGAGAUCGUGCAGGUGUCACCCACGGGAGAGGUGUGCCUUUGUCGACCGGUGGACGAGAGCGGGGCGGUGAGGUGCGAUGUCGAAGUUUUAAACGCGUUCAACUCGUGUCUGAACAAGUUUGGCUUCAACGUAUCGGCGCCCGACGCGGGAGAUCAAACGCGAUGGUCCCUGUCCGACGGCAGGCGUUUGUCGAUGUUCACGGAUGGCAUGGUCGUCCCGGCGCCGAACCCACCGGGCCCCGGGCGCGGUUUGGCGCUCAUGCUCACCGCGCCGGUCGGGAAUGGAAAUCGCGGCGGCUUUGGCGGCGGCUUUGGCGGCAGAGGCCUCGGACGCGGACGCGGACGCGGACGCGGACGCGGUCGGUACUGA